CUAACUAAACUUAGGGAAUGGGUGGCUAAUAAUGCCGGGAGCUGAUUAGUUCAUUAACAUAUCGGAUUACUUCCUUAACUGCCUGCUCCAUCCACACCUGGCACACGCCUACUCACAAUGUCCUGUAUUUUCCUUCUAACUAUUCUGCAGGUAGACAUUGUCAUCCCCAUUUUCCGAGCUCGUCCUGGAAGAGUUAGGCUUGCUUAAAAGGGCCCUAGGUUUAAUGCCCUUCAUCACAAAAAGCAGAGUGAAGGACAUAAGGAGGGGAGCUGGGAUGCAAGUCACUGUUUCCAAGCCCACAGUCUUUGACCUUUCCAACAUUUGGACUAUAAUGUUGACCCCUCAAGAAGGCACAACCAAUAUCUCCACUGAAUGGACAAAAAAGGGAUAAGAAGAAAGCAUGUAACCCCCACUUGUAAGCAAGUAGCAAAACAAGCUCAGAUUAGGCGCAUCUGUCCCAGAGCAAUAAGCCCAGCUGUUGCCACCUUGACUGUAUGUGACAGUUGCUACAUGUGGGUAGAGAAGUUUUCUACUUCUUCCAGGUUGCAAGAUGCUGGCAGUCAUCUUGGACAGAGAGAAGAAAGAUAUUUUCAGUUUUUGCCUUACUCUUUAGAGAUGUCACCAGAAACCAUCACCCUAACUGGGCUUCCUGUUUAUUUGCUGGGCACCUAGCAAAGGCAACUAUAAUCCUGAAAAAUCAAAGUCAACGUUUUUUUUGUGAACAUGUUGGGGUGAGGUUGCUAGCAACUGCUACUUAAAUUCAACAGAAUGAACAGGUCUUAGCUGGGCAGGGUCCAGUGAGGUCUAAAUGGACUGGGGUGGUGUGCUGGUUCAUUCUUUUCAACUCAACACAAACUGGCUGAAUCAGAUUGGCCUGUGGGCACGUCUGUGGAGAAUCUUCUUGUUGCUACUCGAUGAAGGAAGGACUACCCACUGUGGGCAGUGCUGUCCCUGUGCAGGUGAGCCUGAGGUGUUUAUGAAAGAGCAAGCCAGAGAAAGGAAGCCAGAAAACACCUUUAGUUCCUCCAUGGUCUCUGCUUCGGUUUCUGCCUCCAGAUUCAGCCUUGAAUUCCUGCUUUGUCUUCCCUUGGCUGUAGCCUGUAAGCCAAAUAACCCUCUCUUUCCCCAAGUUGCUUUUGGUCAGUAUUUGAUUUAUCACAGCAACAGAGAUACAAACUAGGACAGGCGAUGACCUAGUUAUACAAGACAAAUCACAUAAAGAAGUGACACAUACUCCCUGUAUCUAAAAAGAAAUGGUCCAAGAUGGUGUAGUCCUGGCUACACUGGAGCAUUUUAUAAACGGAAGGCUGUUCUAGCUGCCCACAGCUAACAGUGGAAGGCAAAAGUGCCCUAGAGAUAGACGGCACAUCCUGAGAGCAAGGCCAGGCUAGGAGGACCAGGCCAUAAGUUCAGGUUACAUAGUCUACAGCUACCGAGGAGUACCCUAGACACUGGGGACCCUGCAAGGAGAGAAGCAGACAGAUCCUUGCUUUGUAGAAUUUGUAUUUUUAUUUUAACUGACACAUAAUUGUACAUAUUUACAAGGUAUCAUGUGAUGUUUCGUUAUGUGUGCACAUUGCGUAAUGUUCAUAUCAGGGUAACUCCGUCUCUUCGGAAUAGUUUCUGUGCUGAAAAAAUUCAAAUUCCUUUCUUGUAGCUUUUAAUUUUAAAUAAAGCAAUACAUUCUCGUUACCCACAGUCAAUCAGACUGAAUAACAGAAUACCUGAACUUCUUUCUCCUAAGUCUAACUCAUUACCAGUGAAUCAGCGUUUUCCCGCGGGAUGUGCUUAUAAUGUAGAGGAGCUACCAAAAAAAUGCAGAGGAGUGACUGGCCGCUCUGGACAAGGUGGCCAAGGGAAAUCCUAAGGACAAAGAGGCGGGGCUGCCAUUUGUGGGUCUUCCUCCCCCUACUCCAACAACGCUUCUCUACAGGAAAGCUCCAGGGCAGAGCAGCGGUGGAGCUGGCCCGGGUGAGGAGCGGAACACCUGCCGGGCUCCAGGUCUGCGCUUGAAUUAGUUUAUAGACAAGCGGGCGGAGCCAGAGUGGGCGGCCUGCACUAGUGCGCACGCGCGCCGAGACUUGACGGCCGGAGGUACUGCUGGCCCGGCGGCGGCAGUUAAAGGAUGUGGCGCGAGUCCUGGAGAGAGCAAUUAACUGAGAAGUCUUGAAAAAGGAGAGUGACUGUUGGGUCUGUGGGGGAAAAAAUGGAGUCCGAAGAGCAAAACGUAGAACAGCCCUUCUGCUUGAGCGUGAAAGGCCUUGUGAAGAUGCUGCGGCUGGCAGUAAAUGUGGCAUCUAUGACCUUUUUCAUCAUCGCACAAGCCCCUGAACCAUACAUCGUUAUCACUGGAUUUGAACUCACCAUUAUUUUCUUUUUCAUAACUUUGUAUCUAUGCAGACUUGACAAAGUGAUGAAAUGGUUGUUUUGGCCUUUGCUUGUGUUUGGUCUGCUGACAGCAAUAUGUGCUAUUGCUGACUGUGCCCUGGUAUACCGAAAACUUCUUCUUAAUCCAAGUGGACCUUACCGGAAACGUUCUUCUUCUUACAGCAAAGAUGAAAGUCAAUAAUUUGUAUUCAUUUUUACUAGUUAUUAAACAUAUUUCUUUAUUCUUCCAUA